GGCAAAUGUACGGUCGGCUGCCAUGGAAUGCACUCGGACCAAUCGUAUAAGGAGGGCCAGAUCUACACGUACGUGUUGGAGGGCACAUCGGUGACGACGUUGGUGAGCGAGGGCCAGGGGGAGGCGACUCUCAAGCUCAAAGCCGACGUCGAGCUCGCCGUCAAGCCCGACUGCAUCAGACAGCUCAAGCUCAAAAACGUCCAGGUCAACGGAGCUGCCGUACCCCAACAAGAUCUCGAAAAGUACGCGCUCCAGUUCAACUAUCACCAUGGGCACAUCGACACGGAGCUGUGCGCCGAGCCCGGAGACUCCCAAGCCUCCCUCAACAUCAAGCGAGCCGUCAUCUCGCUCUUCCAAUCGGCGGUCGUGCAGGACGAGGGCACGACCAGCAGGCACGAGGUGGACGUACUCGGGGGCUGCCCGACGGACUUUAGCUUCUUCAAGGAGGCCGAUGUCCAGGUGGUCCAGAAAACCCGCAACCUGAACGCAUGCUCGGGCCGGGAGCACGUGAAGCACGGUCUGUUCUCGGGCAUCGUCGACUCGUCGGCCGGCAUGCAAUCGACGCCCCUGAUAGGGGCCAAGCAAAAGGUCGAGCAGCGCUUCAAGGCCGGUGUCCUCGACAAGGCCGUGUCGUCCGAGACGUACAAGCUACGGCCGUUCAGCAACGGCGAGGCGGGGGCUCGCACGACCGUAGAGACGACCCUCACCUACAAGGGGAAGAAGGACGGCUCGGGUGGGGCCCAAGUCUCCCUGCCCAAGUCACUGAUCUUCGAGGCGCCGCACCCGGUGGUCAAGUCGUCGGUCGAGGCCAUCGAAAAGGCCCUCCAGCCGAUCCACAAGGACGACGCCGACGCGGUCAAGCCCGAGGCGGCCCGGCAAUUCUCCGAGCUCGUUCGCGUCCUGCGCACCAGCAGCCGCAAGGACAUGCUCACGGUGUACCACAGGAUCAAGGCGGGCGCGGGCUACAACAAGGAACGCGACAAGAAGCUGCUGCUCGACGCGCUCUACCGGGUGGGCACGGGCGAGGCGGCCGAGGUCGUGGUCGAGCUCAUCAAGAACAAGGAGAUCGGCGAGCUCCAGGCGGUGCUCUACUACGCGAGUCUGGCCUUCGUGCGGCACGUGAACUUGCCAUCGGUGGCCGCGGUGGCCGAGCUCUUGGACCAGCCGAACUUGUCGCGCUUGGGUUAUCUCGGCGUGGGUCAGAUCAUCGGCAAGUAUUGCCGGCAGCACCAGUGCGACGAGGCGCCCGAGGUGAAGAAGGCCCUGGAGAAGCUCCUGGCCAAGGUCAAGGACGGCAAGCCCCAGAAACGAGCCGAAGAGGACACGGCGAUCGCGGCCCUCAAGGCCCUCGGCAACGCCAACUACCUCGACGAGGCGAGCAUCAAGAAAAUCGCGGCCAUCGCCGCCGACAAGACGGUACGCCGGCGAGUGCGAGUACCCGCGAUCGAGGCCCUCCCGGCAAAGUGCUCCAAGCUCUGGAAGGACGUGAUGAUCAAGAGUUUCGCCGACCAAGAGGAGGACAGCGAGAUCCGGAUAAAGGCUUACUUGGCCCUGGUCGCUUGUCCGUGCGCCGGUUCGGCGGCCAAGGUCAAGGAGGCCCUCGACAAGGAGAAGGUCUACCAGGUCGGCUCGUUCGUGAGCUCGCAUUUGCGCAACUUGCGCGCCUCGGCCGAUCCGUUCAAGGAAGCGGCCAAGACCUAUUACGGGCAGAUAAGGCCCAAAGCCAAGUUCCCCGAGGACGUGCGCAAGUACUCGUUCAACAGCGAGAUCUCGCACAACCUCGGGGCCUUCGGGGCGGCCUCGAGCGUCGAGAGCAACGUCAUCUUCAGCCAGGACAGCUACGUACCGCGCUCGGUCAGUCUGAACCUGACGACGGGGCUGUUUGGCCGGUCGUUCAACUUUUUCGAGAUGGACGCGCGCGUCGAGAACCUCGACCGGAUGAUCGAGCACUUCCUCGGCCCGAAGGGCGUGAUACCGAGCCAGCGGGCCCAGGAGUCGGCUAAAAACAGCAUAGACCGCGUCAAUCAUCUUGCCAAGUACAUCAGAGAUCGGCUGACCGAGCGCAAACAGCGCGCCAAACGGGACGUCAAACAGGCCGAUCUCGACAAGUUCGCCAAGGGCGUGCAGCUGCACACAAGUAACGAGAUCGACGAGGAUCUCGUGCUCGAUCUCUCGUUCAGGCUCUUUGGCACCGAGUUGGCCUACUUGAGCUACGGUAGCUCCGAGCAGGCGGCGUACACGCCCCAGCAGCUGGUCGAUCGGUUCUUUGAGUACGCCGAUCGGGCGAUCUCGGGCCUGAAAAACCUCGAGCACGACACCGAGAGCCACAUCCACUUCCUCCAGGCGGAGCUGUGCUACCCCACGGGUCUCGGUUUGGCCCUGAAUCUGGCCGUUUCGGGUUCGAGCGUCGUGCGCACCAAGGCCAGCGCCAAGAUCAACCUGCCGGCCAUAAUGAACGAGCCGUGGGACGCCACGUUCAAGAUCGCCCUGGAGCCGAGCGCCGCGGUCGAGGUGGUAGGCGAGCUCGGGGUCUCGGACGGUUUCGGCACCGAGUCGGGCAUCAAGCUCGUGGCCACCCUGCACACUGCGACCGGCUACGAUCUCAACUUCAAGGUGCUCAAUGGCAAGGGCAUCGACGUCAGUCUUGGGCUACCCAAGCGCAAACAAGAGAUCAUCAGCGUGACGAGUGACGUGCUCUACAGCAGCGGCAAACCCGACAAGUACGCACCUGUCAAGUUCGGCAAGGGCAAGGAGCGCUCCGAUUGCUUCGACCAGUUCACCGCGCCUCUGGGCCUGACGAUUUGCGGCCACGUGUCCUACCCGUACGAGAACUUGGCGGCCCUCCAGAAGAAGCCGUUCUUCCCGCUGAGCGGGCCCUUCAAGGCCCACGCCACCAUUGAGAACAACGACGUGACCAGUUACCACCUGAAGGCCCUUUGGGCCAGCGAUGUCCCCGGCGAGCGCAAGCUCGAGCUGCUCCUCGAGACGCCCAACAGCCGUACCAACAGGUACUUGUCGAUGCUGGCCUCCAUGUCCGAUGGGCCCGGUCCCCAGUUCAAGCUCGCCUUUGACUCGCCGAUCAAGAAAGCCUCGGCCGAGCUCGUCAUCAAGAACGAGUCCAUGGAGCACACGUACAGUGUCACCCUCAAGAACGACCAGAUGGAGUACUACGCGCGCGUGGGCGGCAAGUCGCUGAGCAUAGGCAAGUACAAGCCGGUGCUCGAGUACAAGAUGCCCGAACACAUCGAGAAACUGGCCGGGCUCAAGUCGGCCAAGGGCCAAGCCCACCAGUUGUUGGGUACGGUGGAGGUCGCGGAACACGACGGUGGCCACAAGAUCGCCUUCAACGACUUGCAGUUCGUCUCCAACGGCAAGAAGGUCAUUGGCUUGGAGGGCACGGCCGUGGAGACUCCGAAGUCCACGGAACUCGACGUCAGCCUCAGUUACGGCACGGACGAGAAGCUCGAGGUCAAGCUCGACCACAAGCGCCUCGGUAGGCUGCAGUACACCCUGACCGCCUCGGUCAAGCCGUCCAAGUACCCGGCCAGCUCGUUCGGCAUCGAGUGGGAGCUCAACCGCGACAAGCCGGGUCACUUUGAGCACAAGUUCGCCUUCGUCCAGGGCGCCGAUCUCAAGUCCAAGGACAACCGGCUGGAGCUCAUCCAAAAGGCCGAGUACAACCCCGAGCCGUCCAAGUUUAGCCUGUCGAGCAGCAACAAGCUUCACUACCCGCGGGUGGGCAUGGUCGCCCGAUUCGACAGCGCCGUCACCAGGAACACCCUCGGCUCCGAGCUGGAGCUCAAGUACGACAAGUUCAAGCUCGGCGCCGAGCUCUCGGGCAAGCACAGCCAAAAGAAGCCACUGGAUUACGAGAUCGAGUUCAGCGCCGAGAUGCUCGAGAACAAGAUCAAGCUCGAGUCGAAGCGCAGCAUCGUCGACGCGCACAAGAGCAAGUUCGAGAACUCGCUGAAACUGACGCCGGGCGGCACAUACCGGGCCGACGCGGCCGUCAAGUGGCAGGCCGUAAAGAACGACGUGGACGUGGCCGUGGACGCCGACAUCGACCUCAACGGCAAGCAGAUCAAGGUGGACACUGGCCUCCAGUGCACGCCGGACAAACUCGACAACCACGUACAGCUGAUUGUCGGCAAGGAGAAAUGCGUCGACUACUCGCUCGGGAUCAAGCGGGCCCCGAGCUCCGCCAGUGGGAGUCUCAAGUUCGACCUCAAGAGCUACCUGAUCGCCAACGGCGAGUUCGCCUACCAGAACGACAAGGGCAGCGUGAGUGUGAACAUCGACGUGCCGAAGAUCAACCGGAAGAUCCGGGGUACCGGCGACAUCACCGUCACCGGUCCGAGGCACGUGGCCAACUUCGAGCUGGCCUACGACGCCGACAAGAACCCGAGCAAGAGGAUCAAACUGUCGACCGACAGCCAACUCUCCAGGAGCUCGGUCGAUUCGAAGAACACCAUCGAGAUCAUGAGCUACAAGACCCAGGUGAACUUCAAGGCCAAUCACCAGGGAGUACUGAUGAACGGCAAGCAGGACAUCGAGGUCGAGCUGGUGCUGCCGAACGGCCGCCAAUUGACGAUGAAGGGCGACCGAGUGAUAGCCAAGAAGGACGAGAAGCUCGACGGCAAGGUUCACUUGGAGUUGGCCGAUGCUGUCACCAAGGGCGGCGAGACACGCAAGAUCAUAGCCGAUGGCACCGGUAACGUGUACAACGUCAGGGAGUACCUAUUUAACAAUGCCUACGAGAUCAAGUACGUGCACAACGACGGCAAGGAGCUCGUCUACAAGGUGAUGCUGAAGAACGAGGCCCAGCCCGAUUCCGACAAGAAAACGGCCGCCGUGGACGUUGCCGUGUCGGGCAGUCUGCUGCCGUACGCGGUCAACGGCAAAGCGGCCCUGGACUACGACCACGACAACAUGGCGUUCAAGGGUUCCGUCUCCCGAGGCGACGAUCUUCAAGUUAAGAGCAACGUGAACAUUGUCAGUGGCAACCGGGCCGACAAGCCGUGGACGAUCAAGGGUUUCGUCGAGGCCAAGUUGCCGAGCGACAAACUGAAGAACAUCAGGUACGACUUUGAUGACUCCGUGAUGGACCAGGCGGACGAGAACGGCGUUUUUGAGUUCACGAGGGCGAGGACGCUCACGUACAACGACGACAAGACGAUCAAGCUCAACAGCCACUACAAGCACUCGGGCAGCAAGGGCUUUGACAGCUUCGGGAAAUUCGAGCGUGCCGUGACGAGCUCGCUCAAAAUCCUCGACAAGCCGACCCUGUCCAUCAGCGAGAACUACAACCACGAUCUCACCGAGGACGUGAAGAAGGUGCACGAGAAGGGCAGUGUCAAGUACGGCGACAAGGAAGUCACCGGGGAUCUGAAUCUCCAGUGGCACUCUGACUUUACCAAGGUCUCCGUCAACGGCAAGUUCACCACGCCUUUGGAUAAACUGAAGAACGUCGAUCUACAGAUGGAUCACAAGAGGGAGAGCGAAAAGUCAAGAAAGACGGAGAUCACCGUUACGGUCGACGGUGUCAAGUACACGCAGACGACCGAGAUCGAGCUCGAGGACGCGCCCGGCAUACAUUUGGUCUUUACCUGUCCGGCCGGUAAAACCGAGCUCCUGUCCAAGUUUAAGAAAUUGGGUGACAACGAGUACUCGGGGAGCUACAAACUGAUGACGCCCAAGGGAUUUGUCGUUGCCGACGGGCGCGUCAAACUCGAGAGCGUCGAUGAUUUCGUGCUCAACGUCGACUUUGACAGCGACAAGGUCAAGUAUCGCAAGAUUCACGCCGAAAUUGCCAACAAGCUCAGCUCCCAAGAGGGUAGGAGAGUCUUCAUCACGGUUACCUCGGAAGGAAAGAACCUCGUCACUGGAAGUACAAACUACAAGAGACACGAGGAGGACAAGAAGGUGACGCUCGAGGGUAACGGUAGCCUGAAGAUCGGUGAGAACCAGAAGAGCUCCUCCUUCAAGUACGUCCGCAAGCUUUUGACGCGCGAGGCGGACAAGGAGGUAGGAGUCGCCAUCAUGCUGAACGCCAGCUUCGGCCCCUCGGCCAUCGUUGGCGAGCUCAAGCUCUCCGACAAGGAGGUCCACGUGUUCAACAGCUACUGCGAGCAGAGCAAGGACUGCGCUCACUUCAAGCUCCAAUCGACCCUCGACACUGAUAAGCUCACGCACUUGAACCACAAUCUCCAAGUCGAAGUCAAUCUUAAAAAGUUCAACGUCCCCGUCGAGUUUGGACUGCUCUCGAGCACCAAGUACGCCGACUACUCCCUCGACCAUCAGGCCAAUCUCUACCUCCACUCGUCCAAGGACCGUACUCAGUACACGUACCACUUGUAUUUCAACAAACGCGAAUCCGCUGCCGUUUUCACACUCCCGAGCCGCGAGUUGGCUAUCGUCGCUUUCCACGAUGUCCCAGCCAUCAAGCACUCCGGGGCGUACAAAAUCGACGUGUCCCUGUACUUGGACAGGAAAAACAAGCCCUCGGAGAAGACCAGUGUCGUUUUGGUGGGCGACAUCAACAUCAACAAGAACGUCGUAGGAGUCAAUGGAGAAGCCAAAUUCACGUAUCCAACUCAACCAAAGGACAUGAUAGUCAAAGGAAAGGUAUUUGUCGGAGGGGACCAAAUACUCGACGCCAGCUUCGACAUAGACGUUUUCAGCAACAAAAACGAUAAGAUCAUGGCUACUGCCAAACUCAUGCGUAGCGACGUGCCGAAAGGCUGCAACGUCACGGGACACUUUUACGUGCACAGCAAGGGCCAAAAAUUGGACGUCAAGGCCGACCAGCACGUGGCCGUGAGCGCAAACGCCCUAGAUCUCGGUGCUAGCCUCUCGUACACCGACAAACUUCAGAAACCAAAGUCACUUGGGGCGUACUUCUCGGCCAGUCCGCAGCAAGCUGACCUCUACGUCUUCAUACCCGGAAAGGAACUCGUCAAGUCCCACUCCGCCAUCACCGUCACCAAGGACUUGCAGAAACUCGAGAACGUCUUCUCGUUGUUGGGCCACAAGCCGAUCUCGGCCAACGUUGAAUUCAAGGACUACAACAGCUUCCAAAUCGACUUUGGUCGCAAAGAUGACUCCAAGAACAAAAUUGCCGUCAACGGAAAAAUCGUUCUCGGACAGCUCGCGCAAAUUCACGCUGACGCGUACAAGGACGGAGCGAAACAGGAAUUGUUCCACCUGUUGAUUCACUUGGAGGAGAAGAAACUCACAAAGCCCGACUUUGGUUACAACAACAAGAACAUCAUAAACGUGAUGAACCAUUACCGCGACGUUCUGACGGAAAGAGUUAAGGAGAGCAAGCAAAUUGGCGAGGAAAUGGGCAAAGAGUUCAUCGUCGAGAUGACCGAUCUUUUCGAGCACCUGAAAAAAGCCCAGCCAAACAUCAAGCCUCUCAUCGCCUACUUCGAGGGAGAGCUGGUAAAGCUCAAGAGCGAGCUCCAUGCCGACCAGACUGUUAAGGAGAUCCAAGACAUACUUAACAAGACCUUUGGAGGUAUUAUCGAAGCCGUUCUUGAAACUGUGAAGAAAUUCGCCGAAAACUUUGAGGAAUUGCGAGAGCAGUUCAACAACAUCGUCACCAAACUGCAAGAGGCCAUCAAGGCUACCUAUCCGCAGUUUAAGGAGUCGUGCGACAAGCUCUUGAAAGUCAGCAUCGCCAUUUUUGAUUCCACUACGAAGCUAGCGACAGCUUACGUCGAGGCCAUCCUCAAGGUCUUGAACGAACACCAGAAAGACAUCGAGGAACUCGUGUCGGUCGUGUCCGAGCUUGUCCAGGACAUCGCCAAAAUCAUCUCCAAGGGCGCCACUCAGAUAGAAAAAGAGGUCAAGGAAUUCGUACAACUGCUUGCCCAACAGCUGCGCGCCUUGCCCGUUUACGAGAUCACCCAGAACAUGUACAGGGAGCUCGCCAACUACAAAAUCCCCGACUACAUUCUCGCCCCGAUCGAGGAAUUCUGCAACAACAUCAAAAACAUCCUGCCUACCCAGGAGCUCAAAGAUUUCUUCACCACCCUGUACAAUUACAUUCUCAAGCACGCCAAGCACGAAAAGGUGGACAACUCGAACGAAGUCAAAAAGAUAUACACGCAGGCGUUGAACGCGAUCUAUUCGAUAGUCGAUCUCCUACAGUCGCACGCGACGGCCGAGAACGUCUUUGGCUUCUUUGAGACCCAACUGAUGCCAGUCGACAUGAGCUACUUCAGGAAGCUUCCAGGACUCUCAAUUAUCAAAUUCUCGAUCCUAAAACUCCUGAUGAACGGCGAACUUCCCACCGCAGCUGACUUUUACUACACGUACAGACCGACUUACCACACGGAGGAUUCGAUCCCACCCGCCAAAAAGUACGGCUACUUCGGUGAUGGUGGCGUCUUUGUAACUUUCGACGGCAGGCAGUUAGUGUUCCCCGGUACUUGCCAGUACGUCCUGGCCCAAGACAUACAGGACGGCAACUUUAGCGUCGUCUUGGAUAUUGCCAACGGUAAUAUCGUCAGCGUCUCCAUCACUGAGCCGGGCGAGAGCAUCACCAUCAAGUCGAACGGAAACCUUCUCGUGAACAACAAGCCAUCCGAGUUCCCGAGAAGCACCAAGAACAUGGACGCCCACAUCGUCGGGCCGCUCAGGAAGGUCAUCUCCAAGUACGGCGUCAAGCUGGUUUGCUCGGUCGGCACGGCCACGUCGUGCUACGUGCGAGUCUCGGGCUUCUACCACGCCAAGCUCCGCGGUCUCCUCGGCGACGCCAACAACGAGCCCUUCGACGACUUUGUUCUGCCAAACGGCAAGCUGGCCGCGGGCACCAGCGAAUUCGGCAACGCCUACAAGCUCAAUCCGUCCUGCGGCGCUGCUUCCGCCAAGGAGGCCGAAGCUCCCCGUUCCCCCGUAUGUACCAAGUACUUCACCGGAAAGUCGACGCUCAGCCCGUGCUUCAGCUACGUCGAGGCCAAGGAUUACCGAGCGUCAUGCGACCAAUUGUCUGGCCAGAAGUCCGGUCCCUGCGUAGUCGCUGCGACUUACGCGGCUGCCUGUCUGGUGAAAAACAUCUUCGUCAGUCUGCCCGCCGACUGCAUUCAGUGCAAGGUCGGCGAUUCAGUCAUCAGCGGUGGCGACAGUUUCAGCGUCAAAAUCCCGGGAAAGCAGGCCGACAUCGUGAUCGUCGUCGAGCAGGAGUCCGACAACGAGAAAACUUUCAAGGAUUUCAUCAAGCCCGUCAUCAGCGAGCUCAGAACUGAGCUGAAACAACAAGGAAUCACCGACGUGUUCAUCGGACUCAUCGGUUUCGGCAACAACCUCAAGUGGCCGAAGCACUACACCUCGAACGGAAAUCUCAACAUCGAGGGCGGAGACUUUAGUAACAUGGCGUUCAGCAACACUCGCGAGCCACUCGUGUCGCUGCAGGAAGCCAAAGAGGACAAGCAAACGUCGACAAAAAUAAAGUAUCUCAAGCAAAGGCUGGACGUCGAGUUGGGAACCUUCAAGCUCACCGACGCCUACGAGGCAGCCAUCCGCUACCCGUUCAGGCCGGGCGCGGCCAAGGCCGUCGUCGGUCUCAUAAGCACGCCUUGCGAGAAGAGCCCAUUGUCCCCGCUAUCGCUCCAGGACUACAGGCUGCUCCUGGGCCGUGAGAUAUACAAGCAGCUGGGCAUGACGUACUACCACCUGUCGCCCCUCAAGGACAUCGAAAUCGCGGGCAAGCCGCAGAAGAGCGUCGUCGGUUUCGACAAGGACUACGUGUACACGUUCUCCGACAGCAAGAAAAAGCCGCUCGAAGGCAGCACCGAGAUGAAGAGCAGCCUCACUCUGCCCGGCAAGGACGUCUGUGCCGGUUUCGCAGUCAGCACCGGAGGUGCGGCCUUUGGUAUGCACAACUUCUUGGAGGCCAAGCCGAACCAGCAGGCGCAGUACAUCAAAGUGGCGGCCAGGAGGAUCGCCGAGAACCUGGCGUCCAUCGAAAUCGAGCAGGACUGCGUCUGCGGCGCCGAGGCGAGUUACGGCUACUCGGCUCAUGUCGUCAGCCGGCCGCAGUGCAAGGUCGUCAAUCGCGAGGACAAGAGGCACAAGGCUUGAGGAAGGGGACACCAGGAAGAAACCCCCCAGUGAACACACACGCGGCUCGGUUAUAAUACGUAUAUAACAACGACACAGUUACCAGUUAUUGGCGCUCAUCUGUUACUUUGUUAUUUUUAUUAAUUAAUAUUAUUAUUAUUAUUAUCAUUAUUAUUAAUACCAUUAUGAUAUAAGUAUGCGAGAUAUUUUUACAGAAUGCACAAAUGAACCGUCCGCUUAAUUACGACAGUGGCUUUUUCGAUCGUUCAAGGGCAGCAGAAACGAAAAUUACGGCAAAGUAUGAUUAGAAAUUUUAUUGUACUUUUUAUUUUUAUGAAAAAAAAAAAAAAAAAAAAAAAAAACAUUUAAGAUUUUGACACUCAGAGUGAGAGAAACUGUCGUAAUUAGUGCGCGACUGAAAGGACGACUCUAUCGUCGAAUUUAUAUUAUAUACUACCAUGACACUAUAUAUAUCAAUAUAUUAUACAUUUAUAAUUGACUCACUGUACAAUCAUUAUUACACGAUUUGUUUUUCAAAUAUAUGUAUGUUAUAAUCAAAGAAAUAUAAAAUUGUGUAACAAGCUAACACGUCAAUAAAAACAAAAUAAUCCAUGGUUGCUACAUAACUAUAUAUGUAUGUAUACGUAAAUAUACACAGACACACGACUUAUAUAUACUAUUAUAUAUGUAAAUUGUAAGAUACGAUUGAUGAUUGUGGUUUUUAAUGACAAUGGAAUAAUAAAAAAAUAAAUGCGUUCACACCAUA